AGAGCUAUGUAACCCCGCCACUUUAGGGUAUAACUAGUUGCCUACAGCAACUGUUUUGUGCGUUAAAUUGACAAGUGGCACAAAAACAUGACACCUUCGCUUAAAAUAUCGCAAAAAGUCGUUAAUAAACUUUCAAACUUCAGUCAGGAAAUUUUGGGAAAACUGUACGGAAUUGUAACAAAAAACACGUUUAUUGUUUUGGGAUUGCAAACUGAGCUUGAGAACGGAUCCGGAAAUGCGUUAAUAAACUCGCUACCGGCUGAAAUAUACCUUUGUGGAGUUUUCCAAUCUGGGAGUGAAACUUUCAAUGAACAGUCAAUUAAGAGCAGUCUUGCUGAAGUCUACGUUACCGACAAUCCCGUUUUCGUUCACUAUAACUCAUCUACUAACAAAAUCACCGCACAUUUCUACAUAAAUGGCCAACUGGAGACCACAAAAUUUGCCCCUAUUUCUGAGCAAGAGAUCUUGUCACAGUUCCUUUACUUGAGACUCAAAGCCAACGUGCCUUUAACAUGCGAGCUUGCCACGAAUUCACUCAAGGAUUCUUUCACUAAUUUAAGGAAAAAUGUAGCGUCAGGAGUUAUGUCUUUUGGACUUGGUAAAAAUAUUUAUUUAGUUGGGAGUGACAGUGAGGGGAUCGUUGGAGUGACGGGGAAUCCCUCAAUUGGGGAGCUUUUUGAAACAAGUGAACCCAGUGAAGGGGGUGCCAGGAAGAAAAAAGUACAGAAUUAUGAAAUUGAUGUCAUGGGGGUUGAUAUGCUGAAAAUGAUGACGAAGGAACUUGGGGUUGCGGAGCGCGAACAUGCCCCACUAUGUGUCUUGGAUAAGAAACAGUGCAAAACCAUGACCAUCAUGGUCUCGAUCGACUCCCUAUCAAUGGUAAAUCGCCAAACAAAAAUCGCAAAUCUUUAUGAGAUUUUAGUCGAGAGUGCUGUGAGAAAUUUGCGCCUUUUGGAAAGCAGUAUUUUAGAAAAAUUACAAAACGAGGACGAUACUAUUGCACAACCGGAAGUUUUUCAUUUUUAUCCCGACGAUUGUGGCCAUUUCGUAACAAAAAUCUACCUAAAAGGCGAAACAGAGGAUGCUUUAUUGCCAGUUCGCGAAACGCUUCAUAAUGAGUUGUUACUUAGCGGCUGUAGGCCCAUGUUUAGGCGUGCCAACAGUUUCGCUUUUAAAACGAAAAACCCUGGCAACGAACCACUAAUCAACCCUCAUUUGGGGCUCAAACCGACGGAUAACGGGGGCAAAGUGGCGUUAGUUAAGGGCAAAUACGCUUAUUACCACUACUGUCAAAACAAAAUGGACGACAAUGGCUGGGGUUGCGCUUACAGAUCCCUGCAAACGCUGGCGUCCUGGUUCAAGCUUCAGGGAUUCACCGACAAGGAAGUCCCCACUUUUAAAGAUAUACAAAAAUGUUUAGUAGACCUUGGCGAUAAGCCAUCGAGUUUCAUUGGAUCUAAGCAAUGGAUCGGCUCAACUGAAGUUAAUUACGUUUUAAAUACACUCCUAGGAGUGACUUGUAAAAUAUUGUACGUAAGUUCGGGGGAGGAAAUGGGGAGUAAAGGCCCGGAACUGUUGAGUCAUUUCGAAAAUCACGGAUCGCCGGUUAUGAUUGGAGGGGGAGUCCUAGCGCACACUAUCCUGGGGGUGGAUUAUAAUUCGCAAAGUGGGAAUUUGAGGUUCUUGAUACUUGAUCCGCACUACACAGGGGGCGAGGAUUUACAUACGAUACAAAAUAAGGGCUGGUGUGGGUGGAAAAGUGUGGAUUUUUGGGACAAAACCGCUUAUUAUAACAUGUGUUUACCACAGGUCCCCAAAGGCAUUUAAAUACAAUGAUUAUAUUUCUUAAUUUACGGUUAAAUAAAGGAUGUUUUGCACAAUUAAAACAAAA